CCAAACUGGGGCGGCCGGAGCCGAAUCAGAGCCGAACCCGAGCGAGUGAAACCGACCCGACCCGAACAGAGCCGAGGGAACACGAGCGGAACCGAGAGAACCCGAAAGGACCCGAAUAUACCCGAACCCUCCCGAACUCACCCGAACCUUCCCGAACUCACCCGAACCUAUCCGGAACCAUCCGAACUCACCCGAACCCAUCCGGACCCUCCCGAGCUCACCCGAACCCACCCGAGAGAAGCCGAAAAGACCCGACCGGACCCCAACACUGAGGCGGGGGGGGCGCCGCGCAGCGCCCGCCAUCUUGAGUGUGGCGGCGGCACCGCCUGGCACUUCCGGGUUUGUUCGCACUCACUUCCGGCGUCACCGGAAGCGCCGCCGUCGCCAUGGAGACGGCCCCGCCUCGGGCAGCGGCGGUGGCGGCGGGCAGGGCCGGAGGCCUCAACGGGGACAGCGAGGGGACAACGAGGGGACAGCGAGGCGACAACGGCCGGUAACGGGGAGUGGCGGCAGCGCGGGGACCCCGCGGAGGGGCCUGGGGCCGAGGGGGACCCGGAUUCAUCCCACGGCGUCUUCCCAGGAAGAGAAAAAAACCUGGGAAUCUUCAAACAAGGAAAAAUUCCCACCAAACCAUCGGAUCCACCGGGAAUCCCACCCUCGGAAAGGGGGAUUAAAAACAACGGGAAAUGCUCCCAAAACCCCGAUCCUCUCCGGAUCCCGGCAUAGAGGGAUAAAAACCCGCCGGAAACCGGCGGGGGUGAUGCUUCCGGCCCUCAUUCCCGAGUUUUUCCCGGGAAUUCCGGGAUCAUGGCGGAGCACCAGGAGCUGCUGGCGGAGAUGCCGGCGGUUUCCCGGCUCAGCACCCCGGAGCGGCUCCGGCACGCCCAGAAGCGCCGGGCGCAGCAGCUGCGGAAAUGGGCGCAGGCGGAGAAGGAAACGCCGGGAAUGGGAGCGGGAAGCGAGCGGAGGAGGAGGAGGAGGAGGAAAAGCGGGAAGAGGGUGACGUUCCCGGCCAGCGUCCGGCUCCUGGAAGCGGCGGCGCGGCGCGACGCCGAGGAAGUCCGGCAGUUCCUGGAGAGCGGGAUCAGCCCCGACCUGUGCAACGAGGACGGGCUGACGGCGCUGCACCAGAGCUGCAUCGACGAUUCUCUCCCUCUGGUCCGGCUGCUCCUGGAUUCCGGCGCCGACGUCAACGCGCGCGACGCCGAGCUCUGGACGCCGCUGCACGCCGCCGCCACCUGCGGCCACCUGGGGCUGGUGCGGCUCCUGCUCCAACGCGGUGCGGACCUGCUGGCGGUGAAUUCCGACGGGAAUUUGCCGUACGAUCUCUGCGAGGACGAGGCCACCCUGGACUGCCUGGAGAGCGCCAUGGCCGACAGAGGGAUCACGCAGGAGGUGAUCGAGGCAGCGCGGGCGGGCACCGAGCGCUCGAUGCUCAGGGAGAUCCGGGAGCUGCUCCGGGCUGGAGCUGAACUGGACACGCCCCGGGGACACGGAGCCACCCUGCUGCACGUGGCGGCGGCUCACGGCUUCCUGGAGGCGGCCGAGCUGCUGCUGGAGAACCGCGCCCGCCCCGACAGCCGCGACGACGACGGCUGGGAACCGCUGCACGCCGCAGCCUGCUGGGGACAGCUGCCCCUGGCCGAGCUCCUGGUUGCCCACGGCGCCGACCUGGGAGCCAAAUCCGCCCUGGACGAGACGCCCCUGGAUGUGUGUGGUGACAGUGACACGCGCUCCCGGCUCCUGGAGCUCCAGCAGAGACGCGCGGCCGUGCUGAGGUCGCAGGAGAAACAGAAAUCGCUGCUGCAGAGGAGAACGUCCAGCGCAGGGAGCCGAGGGAAGGUUGUGCGGAGGGCCAGCGUGUCCGAGCGCUCCAGCCGCUACCGGCGCGAGCAGCAGCGCGAGGCCAUCGUGUGGCAGCAGAGACGGGGACACCUCGGGGACAGCGAGGACGAGGACAGGGGGACACCCGAGAGCACCGCUGGAGACGGGGAGCCGUCCCCGGUGUCCCCAGAGCCCAACGGCUCCGCGCUGUCCCCGCCGACGUCCCCGCGCUGUCCCCAAGGAGGUGACAAAAGCCACCCCCAAACCCUGGCCGACCUCAAACGCCACCGAGCCGCCGCCGCCGCCGCCGCCACCAAAACCCGGCCCGAGAGAGACCCCAAAAACCCCGAGAGAGACCCCAAAAACCCCCUUGGGGACCCCAAAAACCCCGAGAGGGACCCCAAAACCCCCCUUGGGGACACUUUUGGGGACACUUUUGGGGACACUUUUGGGGACAUUUCGGAGCCACCGCGGCUGCGCCUGACGGCUCCGGCCGAGGAGGCGCCGGCCCAGAAGCAGCGCUGCUGUCGCUUGAUGUGACCGGAAAUUUUGGGGUCGUUUUGGGGUUUUUUGGGGUUUUUUUUUUGGGGUCACCCCAAAGAUUUGGGGUGGCCCCGAAUUUUUGGGGGUCUCUGCUGUCACUUUUUGUCCCCGUUUUUGUCACCUUUUGUCACCCGGAAAAAAGAAAAAAAAAAAAGGGUGAGG